ACUUCAGAUCUGUGUCAGAAGUAUUCGAGUGCAGUCGCCAUGGCGUUACAGGGAAUAUUUACUUUCUUUUGCUCACUAGCAGUCCUGUCCUCCUCUGCAGCUUUACUUCAGAAUUGCAGCUCACAAACUCAGCAUCUAUCAGCUGAACUCGAGGUGGCGAUAGAGUGUGGUGAAAACCUGACUUCUGGAUGGAGCACACAGAGGACGGCUGCACUACUGCUGUCCCUGAGGGAUCUGACUGAUACUCUGCACAAACACCAGCUGCAAGAAUGCAGAGGUGCUGAGCCAAAUAAAUGCCCUGAAGCCAAAGUUCCCCACCACGGAGGGUUGGCAUGUGUCACAGUAGCCAAGAAGCGCUACUGCAAACCUCUGUGCAGCCAUGGUUACGACUUUGCCUUCAUCAGGAGGAGUCGUUUGUACGAAGAAUGCAGUAAGCAGACCGGAUUUAGAUGGCAGACCCAGUACGUGGGAGGAAACAAGCUGGCUGUGUGCAACGAAUCACCAAUUCAAGUUUCUGGAGCAAGUUCAGCAUAUUUUCCUGAAAAUCAGGACUGCCUCAAAACAAAGAGCAACAGCACACUGCAGAGCGCCAUCAUGGGGGUAUUCGUCACUGAGCUGAGGAAUCAAGGCAUACAGGACAGUCCAGAGUUUGCCUGUCUUGUAUGUGGAUGACCACCCGAGGGAGAAAGAUGCAUUUACAAACCCGUGAAUUUUGUGUGAAAGUCCCUUUAAGAUGCACUUAAAAAGAAUGUAUUAAAAUCAUUUAUGAAAGACUGACUUUUAAGUUUGAAAAAUAAAAGUCCUCCUCUCUUUGAA